ACGCGAGCUGGGGCGCCGCCGCACUCGCGGACGACUAGGGCUUUGCAAGAUCUCGCGGGAAUUUAGUGUCUUCGCCGCCACCGGUUGUUAACCGGAGAGCGCUAUACCCACUUUGAUAGCCGGUAAAACCUUCCCCGACCGGCCGGGGGCGCUGCAGAGAAAAUGUCUUCUAACCCCCCUCCUGGAUUUUAUAGGCAAGAGCUGAACAAAACUCUGUGGGAAGUCCCCGAGAGAUAUCAGAACCUGACGCCUGUGGGUUCGGGGGCCUACGGAUCUGUGUGUUCAUCUUUUGAUUCCAAGACUGGUUUGCGAGUGGCAGUGAAAAAGCUUUCUCGGCCCUUUCAGUCCAUUAUCCAUGCCAAGCGCACAUACAGAGAGCUACGUCUCCUCAAGCACAUGAAGCAUGAAAACGUUAUUGGACUAUUAGAUGUUUUUACCCCAGCAAAAUCCUUUGAGGAAUUUAAUGAUGUGUACCUGGUAACGCAUUUAAUGGGUGCUGACCUUAAUAAUAUUGUUAAGUGUCAGAAGCUAACGGAUGACCAUGUGCAGUUCCUGAUCUACCAGAUCCUGCGUGGCUUAAAGUACAUUCACUCUGCAGACAUUAUCCAUAGGGACCUGAAGCCCAGCAAUCUUGCUGUUAAUGAGGAUUGUGAGCUGAAGAUUUUGGACUUUGGGUUGGCACGGCACACAGAUGAAGAGAUGACUGGAUAUGUAGCUACAAGAUGGUAUCGAGCUCCAGAAAUCAUGUUGAAUUGGAUGCAUUAUAAUCAGACAGUUGAUAUCUGGUCAGUGGGAUGUAUAAUGGCUGAGCUCCUGACAGGGCGAACACUAUUUCCAGGCACAGACCAUAUUAAUCAGCUGCAGCAGAUCAUGCGCCUGACUGGAACACCUCCCUCUUAUCUCAUUAACAGGAUGCCCAGCCACGAGGCACGCAACUACAUCCAAUCUCUGCCAUACAUGCCUAAGAUGAAUUUUGAGGAUGUAUUUCUUGGAGCUAAUCCACAAGCUGUUGAUCUGCUAGAGAAAAUGUUAGUUUUGGACACAGACAAGCGGAUAACUGCAUCUGAAGCCCUUGCCCAUGCCUACUUUGCUCAGUAUCAUGACCCAGAUGAUGAACCCAUAGCCGAGCCAUAUGACCAGAGCUUUGAGAGCCGUGAGCUGGACAUUGAAGAGUGGAAGAGUCUGACUUAUGACGAGGUAGUCUGCUUUGUGCCUCCUCCACUGGACACUGAGGAGAUGGAAUCUUGAUAAUGAUGUCCCAAGUUGUCCAUCACUGUGAAAUUUGGGGGUCUCUAUAAAUCCCCUGGAUAACCUACAAAGUGCCUCUGGGGGGAGAUUUACACAUAUACAUUUCUCUCUCUAAAUAUAUUUUUUCUUGUGCUGGGGAGAGUUAUUUAUAUAGAAUCUAUGUAACUCCUGCUGCAUGCACUACUCGGCUGUCUCCCCUUCUCACGAUGACAGCACCUAAUGCCCUUGUCACAGAGACAUCUGUAUUUUUGAUGCUUGGAAAUCCCAGCAAAGGGAAUCACUACUCCUUAGUAGACUAUGACUUCAUUCUGCAUCUUAACGUCUGUUCACAGUCAUCAUGUAUAUGUUUGGGAGAAUAAGUUAAAGGACAAACAUUAACUGGGUGGGAGGGCUGGAUGCUUCGUGUAGGGAGUGGCUUUUUGCCCUAUUUCAGGGCUAUUCAACAACAAUGGGUGUAUUUCUUUUAUAUUCAGUUAUGUUAUAUCUUUCUGACUGUUGUUCUGAAAUUGUUUUUAUUCUUCCCAUUUCCAUGAUCCUCAACAUGUACAAAUAUAUAUAGAUGAUAUAUUUUGAUAACCGCUAAAUAAGAAUUUUGCUGGUAUUAUUAUAUAGACCCCCCCCCCCCAAAAAAAAAGAACAGCGUCUGUGUAAGUCUCUCUUUUUUCCCAAGUGCUGUUAACUGGUUAUUUUUUCAUAAUUUCCCUACCAAUCCAAAGCGUGUCAGAUCCUAGGUGGCAGUGACCUGGGGACAGUACCACAGAGAUUGAGAAAAGUGAUAAUCAUAAGAGGGGGAGAAAACAAUUAGCUUUGACUGGUAUAGCAUUACUUAUAUUGUAUAUAAACUAUAUUUUAUGGUGUCCAUUAAUAAGAAUGAAUAUUUUAAAGGGGCUAGCUUGCUUCUCUUGCCUAAAUAUAAUACUUCAAUGGGAAAAAAAUGAACAAAAGUAACAUGAAUAACUUUUAAAUUUUUACUUUUGUUGCUUCAAUUAUGAGAAAAAAGUGAAUUGUAUUAUUAUUGGGGGCUAAUAUUACCACUUGAUCUAUUCUCCUACAUGUUAGGCACAGGCUAUUCACUCAUUAAUAACAUCAGUCAAUUUCCUUUGAAUUCAGCACUGUUGCUGCUUUCAUACAUUACUGUACCCUGUUGCUCAGAACGAGAGUGAAACGUUUACAGGGGCUUGACCUACUGCACUUCAACAGAAGAUCUGGACACUGUUGCUUGCCGAAAAAGUGUUUUAAAUUAAUCUGGACUAUUGAUUCUCUCUGGAUUGGGUGAAUCAUUAAAGAUGCCAUAGAAAAAAAAAAGCACUGGUCAAAUAAAUCCUAUUUUUCAAUUUA